CCCCCCGCCUUCCCCUCCCAGUCCCCGACCCACCCGCCCCCUACCUCUCCUCGCGGAAUGGGGCUGGCGCUGCUCGAGGUCGCGCGCCCUGCACCCGGCUCGCGCUCGGCCUCGCUCUGUCAGCGACUGCCCGGCUCGCGCCGCCUCUCGCCCUCUCUCAGUCAGUGGCGCCGAACGCUCCGUUAAGCGGCGGCGGCGGUUCCUGUUUCCGUUUCUUCCUCUCCCUUCAGUAGGGAGUAGCAUCCUCCACCCAGCCACCCCUCCCGCACCUCCAACGCGAGGCAGCUGCGGCGACUGGGGACGGUGGAGACCUCCUCUGCUCCCUCCUCGGCUAAGGACAUUGAUGCUUGAAAGAAAAGACUACAUUUCCCGGCUAUGUGACUAGUUUCUGGCAAAAGUGAUAAAAGCAGAAGUAAAAGUGUAUAGAGUCCACAAAGCACAGGACAAGAAAGACAAUAAAGCUUUCUACUCAUACCAUCAGGAGGAUCUCUUUGGAAGAUUCACCACAGGACUUCCAGAGAGAAUAAUUUGACUAAAGCAUCAUGUGUUGAAACAACAGAAGGCCACCUUUGCACUUGCUAGAAACAAAGUUAAGAUGUUUUCACUUCUUUGAGCUCCAGGAAGCCAAGGGAGUGAGUUGAAAAUCUGAAAAUGCGGCCAUGGACUGGUUCCUGGCGUUGGAUUAUGCUCAUUCUCUUGGCCUGGGGGACCUUGCUGUUUUAUAUAGGUGGUCACUUGGUACGAGAUAAUGACCACCCUGAUCACUCUAGCCGAGAACUGUCCAAGAUUCUGGCAAAGCUUGAACGUUUAAAACAGCAGAAUGAAGACUUGAGGCGAAUGGCUGAAUCUCUACGGAUAGCAGAAGGCCCCAUUGAUCAGGGGCCGGCUGCAGGAAGGGUACGUGCUUUAGAAGAGCAGCUUGUAAAGGCCAAAGAACAGAUUGAAAAUUAUAAGAAACAAACCAGAAAUGGUCUGGGUAAGGAUCAUGAAAUCCUGAGAAGGAGGAUUGAAAAUGGAGCUAAAGAGCUCUGGUUUUUUCUACAGAGUGAAUUGAAGAAAUUAAAGAAUUUAGAAGGAAAUGAACUCCAAAGACGUGCAGAUGAAUUUUUGUCAGAUUUGGGACAUCAUGAAAGGUCUAUAAUGACGGAUCUAUACUACCUCAGUCAAACAGAUGGAGCAGGUGAUUGGAGGGAAAAAGAGGCCAAAGAUCUGACAGAUUUGGUCCAGCGGAGAAUAACAUAUCUUCAGAAUCCCAAGGAUUGCAGCAAAGCCAAGAAGCUCGUAUGUAAUAUCAACAAAGGCUGUGGCUAUGGCUGUCAGCUCCAUCAUGUGGUCUACUGUUUCAUGAUUGCCUAUGGUACCCAGCGAACCCUCAUCUUAGAAUCUCAGAAUUGGCGCUAUGCUACUGGUGGAUGGGAGACUGUGUUUAAACCUGUAAGUGAGACAUGCACAGACAGAUCUGGCAUCUCCACUGGACACUGGUCAGGUGAAGUGAAGGACAAAAAUGUUCAGGUGGUCGAGCUCCCCAUUGUAGACAGUCUUCAUCCCCGUCCUCCAUAUUUACCCCUGGCUGUACCAGAAGACCUUGCAGAUCGACUCUUACAAGUCCAUGGCGAUCCUGCAGUGUGGUGGGUGUCCCAGUUUGUCAAAUACUUGAUCCGCCCACAACCUUGGCUGGAAAAGGAAAUAGAAGAGGCCACAAAGAAGCUUGGCUUCAAACAUCCAGUUAUUGGAGUCCAUGUCAGACGCACAGACAAAGUGGGAACAGAAGCAGCCUUCCAUCCCAUUGAGGAAUACAUGGUGCAUGUCGAAGAACAUUUUCAGCUUCUCACACGCAGAAUGCAAGUGGACAAGAAAAGAGUGUAUUUGGCCACGGAUGACCCUUCUUUAUUAAAAGAGGCAAAAACAAAGUACCCCAGUUAUGAAUUUAUUAGUGAUAACUCUAUCUCUUGGUCAGCUGGACUGCACAAUCGAUACACAGAAAAUUCACUUCGGGGUGUAAUCCUGGAUAUACACUUUCUCUCCCAGGCAGACUUCCUAGUGUGUACUUUUUCAUCCCAGGUCUGUCGAGUUGCUUAUGAAAUCAUGCAAACACUGCAUCCUGAUGCUUCUGCAAACUUCCAUUCUUUGGAUGACAUUUACUAUUUUGGGGGCCAAAAUGCCCACAACCAGAUUGCCAUUUAUUCUCACCAACCUCGAACUGCCGAUGAAAUCCCCAUGGAGCCUGGAGAUAUCAUUGGUGUGGCUGGAAAUCAUUGGAAUGGCUAUUCUAAAGGUGUCAACAGAAAACUGGGAAGGACGGGCCUCUAUCCCUCCUACAAAGUCCGAGAAAAGAUAGAAACUGUCAAGUACCCCACAUAUCCUGAGGCUGAGAAAUAAAGCUCAGAUGGAAGAGAUUGGCAACCAAACUCAGUUCAAACCAUUUGAGCCAAACAGUAGACCAAGAAGGCCCUUGACUUAACAGCGUGUGGUUAAAUGAGAGACACCCGUACACCGAGAGCAACAAGGAACAGAUGGUUCAUUGGUGGAAUUCCUCAUUAACAGGAGCUACAGUGCCCUCAAUGCACAGUCCAAUAAUGUACUCACAUAUAACAUACAAACAAUUUGUUUACUACUUUGCCGCGUCUUUCAAGAUUAUGUCCCUAUGAAACAAACACUGCCACAUUAUGUAACUUAAGUGACACAGACAUAUUUUGUGUGAGACUUCAAACUUGGUGCCUACAUCUGAGAGACUUCUGUGACCUAAAGAGAAGACCUGAACAGCUCCCUACUAUGGGGAAAGUUUAUUCUUAGCCAGUGGUGACGUUAUGACCACUGAAUUCACUCCAAUCAACAGAUUCAGAUUGAGAAUGGAUGUUUUUUCCUUUAUAAGGUUGUCUGAUUUUUUUUUAAGUAAUUGCAUCAGUUCAUCCACUUUGUCAUUAAUAAGUGAAGGAUACAUCAAAAAAUAAAAUAUCACACUCCAUUAGGAAUUUUUGUAAAACAAUGUCAUGAACAGAUUCUUUAGUACUUAAUGUUUCUGGACAUUUUCUUUGAUAACAAAAAAUAAAUUUUAAA